GAAAUGCAGAAAUGUGAGUCUUAAUUAUUCAGGUCAACAAAAACGACCCCUUCAAGCUUUGUCUAUAAAUAAUACAACUUCACACUUAAACACAACAUCACCCAACAACUUGACACCAAAAAAGGAAGCAGAAAAAAAAAAAAAAACAUGGCAUCAUCGUCUUCCUCGACACUCUCCUCCCCAUUCCUGGGACUGGAGUUCCCCUCUGCAAGAAAACAACGCUCUUCCAAUUACAUCCCCUUCAUCAGAGCCUCCGUUUCUGAGAAACCACCACCGGCAGUGUCGGUCACCUCCCCCGAGCCCACCAAGCUCCCCAUCCGCAAAAUCCCCGGUGACUGGGGUUUGCCGGUCAUCGGUCCCUUAAAGGACCGUCAAGACUAUUUCUACAAUCAAGGCCGCGACGAGUUCUUCAAAUCCCGCAUCCAAAAGUACCAGUCAACGGUCUUCCGUACCAACAUGCCUCCCGGUCCCUUCAUCACCUUCAAACCAAACGUCGUCGUUCUACUCGACGGCAAGAGCUUCCCCGUCCUCUUCGACACCUCCAAGGUCGAGAAAAAAGAUGUUUUCACGGGAACAUACAUGCCCUCCACCGACCUCACCGGCGGCUACAGAGUCCUCUCCUACCUCGACCCCUCCGAACCCAAACACGCCCUCCUCAAGCAGCUCAUCUUUUUCCUCCUCAAGUCCCGACGCUCCCACGUCAUCCCGGAGUUCCACGCCUCCUACGAAGACCUCUUCAACCAGCUGGAGUCCGACCUCGCCGAAACCGGCAAAGCCAGCUUCGGCGACGCCAACGACCAAGCCGCGUUCAACUUCCUCGCCCGGUCUCUCUUCGCCGCCAACCCCGCCGACACCAAACUGGGCCAAGACGGCCCAAAGAUAGUGCAGAAAUGGGUUCUCUUCCAGCUGGGCCCACUCCUCCGCCUGGGUCUCCCUCAGUUUCUGGAAGAAUCCACCAUUCGCACCUUCCGCCUCCCUGCCUCCCUCAUCAAGAAAGACUACCAGAGACUCUACGACUUCUUCUACUCCUCUUCUUCCACCGUCCUCGACGAAGCAGAGCGAUUGGGAAUCACGCGCGACGAGGCUUGCCACAAUCUUUUGUUCGCCACCUGCUUCAACUCCUUCGGCGGGAUGAAGCUGUUCUUCCCCAACAUCAUCAAGUGGAUCGGGCGGGCGGGGGUGAAGCUCCAUGCGCGCCUGGCGCAGGAGAUUCGGUCCGCCGUGAGAGACGCGGGCGGGGAGAUCACGAUGGCAGCGAUGGAGAAGAUGCCUCUGAUGAAGUCGGUGGUUUACGAAGCCUUCCGCAUCGACCCUCCAGUGCCGUUGCAGUUCGGGAGGGCGAAGAGGGACCUUCUGAUCGAGAGCCACGAUCACGCGUUCCAGGUGAAGGAGGGGGACCUGCUUUUCGGGUACCAACCGUUUGCCACGAAGGAUCCUAGGAUCUUCGAGAGGGCCGAGGAAUUUGUGGGAGACCGGUUCGUUGGGGAAGAAGGGGAGAAGCUCCUGAAACACGUGCUGUGGUCGAAUGGACCCGAAACUGAAUCUCCCACACUCGGAAACAAGCAAUGUGCUGGGAAGGAUUUCGUUACCUUAGUCUCAAGGCUUCUUCUUGUCGAGUUUUUUCUCCGCUAUGACUCCUUCGAUAUUCAGGUUGGAACUUCUCCUUUAGGUUCUAAAGUCACCAUUACCUCCCUCAAGAGAUCAAGCUUUUAGCUCUCAUUAAUUAUAUAUUACUAUUACUAUUUUUCCUUUCACCAAACUCUAAUUUUACAUUUCUUUUUUUUUUAA